AUGAUCACGAUAAAUCCAUUUGAGCCUUAUUACAGGCUGGAUGAGAGUAGCUACGCCAAGGGACCUCUAGACGCUGUGUUCGUGCUGCAAUGGGUUGCUAUUUUGUUGGUGCUGCGCGAGUACACUAUACGGUGGUUACUGCGACCGCUCGGUAAGCAGCUGGUGUCCAUGAACACGUCACAGAAGGAACGACAUAAGAAUAUCGCUAGAUUCACUGAACAGUCCUGGUCUUGUCUAUACUAUAUGUUCUUCUGGUCCUGGGGAAUGUCCCUGGUUUUGAAAUCUCCAUUUAGCCCGUUGUACGACGAUUGGACACAGCACUUCUGGCUAGAUUACCCUCAUACUAAAAUGAACAAAAUCAAUAAAAUCUAUUACCUCGCUCAGGCUGCUUUCUGGGUACAGCAGCUCUUUGUGUUGAACAUUGAAAAAAGGCGCAAGGAUCACUGGCAGAUGUUUACGCAUCAUUGUAUCACUGUAUCAUUAGUCGUUAGCUCGUAUGUCACGAACUACACAAGAGUAGGACAAGCAAUUCUUGUCACAAUGGAUCAAUCAGAUAUCUUUUUAGACGGUGCAAAAGUACUCAAAUACAUGGGUUGGGAGAAACUUUGUGAUGCAACGUUUGUGGCCUUCAUGUUUUCAUGGGUUUUUACGCGUCAAAUCGUCUUUGGUAGAAUAAUUUGGAGCGUUUGGGUUGAGGCACCACUCCAUAUUCAGCACCUAUGGGAGCCAUCAGUUGGUCAUUACUACUCAUAUGCAUUACACCGGCUUUUCUUAGGACUCUUGCUGGGAUUACAGUUUAUCCUCUUCUUCUGGCUCAUCCUCAUCAUCAAAGUUGCUAUCAAAUUUGUGCGCAGCAAUAAUGUGGAAGACAUACGAUCAGACGAUGAGGAAGACUCUGAAGACAGCAAUACUGCCCUACAAAACAAAACACCAUCGCCGUCCUUCGCUGAUCCCAUGUCAACCAGCUCCUCAACCUCCUCAUCACAAUACAACCAGGAAGUUCGCAAGCGGUGA